AUGGUUACCUCCCUGGCAAAACAAAUGGCUCCACUGGGUGAUGGUGAUGGUCACCCAGACAGCUCCGGACACUUUGAAUCAGCGGUGGGGGGCGAGAGACCCACCCUGGGGAUCCAGAAGCCCCUCCCAGGGGAGCCAGACAGGGGCAGAGCCUCCCCUCCGGGGCACAUGUUGCUGCAGCCGGUUCGAGACAGCGCUCCGCAGCCGUGCCUGUCGCCUUCGGGAUUCCUCCUGCCCCUCCUGCCCCCCAGCCCAGCCGCAGAGGGGCUGGAAGAGUGGGUGAAGUUGCUCCAACCCCCCCAUCCCCUUCUUCCUUCUCCUCCUCCUCUCUCCCAGGAAAGCUCCCCACUGUCACCCAGAGACCCCCAGGAAGAUGCCAGGGCUGAUUAACCGGGUGACCCUCUCCCGGCUGCCCCUCAUUGCGUCCGAGGUGACAUCCUGCGUCAGUGGCUAUGCCUUUGGGAUGACAGCCCUGCUCACCUACCACAACCCAGACCCCCA